CAGCUUUCAAUUUCAUCUAGAACUUUCUAGACGUUUAGUGUGAAAGUAAAGCACACGAAUCCAUGGCAAGCAAACGGAGUUUCACUGACAGUUUCAUAGACGAGGACCCAAAGAGAGCGCUUGAGGAGCUGAAUGCAGCUUUGGGAGAGGAGUCUGAGAACGCUGAGUGGCUCUGUCAGCGGGCUUACGCCUACAUCUUACUCCAAGAUUACAGCAGAGCUGUAGACGAUUCUAAGAAAGCCCAGCAACUCCAGCCUAAUCUUGCCCUUGCCUUUUUGAGAACAGGAAUUGCCGAGUAUCAUCUGAAUAACUUCACAUCUGCACAGGAGGCCUUUAAAACUGGACAGGCACUUGAAGGUUCCAACGCAGCGUUUCAGACUUGGAUCAAGCGUUGUGAGGAGAAGAUGGAGACACAAGUCCAAAACGGAACCUCAAAUCCGCAAACCACGACUCCACAUGUCAAGCAUGACUGGUACCAGACAGAAUCGCAAGUCAUUGUCACCAUCAUGCUUAAAAAUGUCAAGAAGGAGGAUAUCACGGUCAACUUUGAAGAGCAAGAGUUGACAGCAGAGGUGAAGCUUCUGUCAGGGCAGGACUACUGUCUGAAACUCCACCUUCUACAUCCUGUGGUGCCGCAACAGAGCACUUUCAAGAUCCUCUCCACCAAGGUAGAGAUUAAAAUGAAGAAGACGGAAGCUAUCCGAUGGGAGAAGCUGGAAGGAGAGGGCGCACCAUCCACUGUAAAACACUUCACUCCCAACGAGUACCCAUCAUCCUCCCACUACACCCGUAAUUGGGACAAGUUAGUGGGCGACAUUAAGGAAGAAGAGAAGAACGAGAAGCUGGAAGGAGACGCCGCACUCAACAAGCUUUUCCAGCAGAUUUACUCGGACGGCUCGGACGAGGUCAAACGGGCCAUGAACAAGUCCUUCAUGGAGUCCGGGGGCACAGUUCUAAGCACCAACUGGACGGACGUAGGCAAAAGGAAAGUGGAAAUGAGUCCACCAGAUGAUGUGGAGUGGAAGAAAUACUGAAGAACAACCCGGAGGAUGUUGACAUACCAACACCUUCUUACCCAGCAGAUCUCCCCCCCGCCCCCCUCCUUCACUGCCUUCUCCACUUAAUGUUUUAAAAUCACCAUCAGAACUGU